AUGGAAUGUGAUGACCAUUUGUGUUCAACGGGCAGGUAUUCAUGUGGCGAUGGAGAAUGUGUUCCAUGGAAGACUAGAAUGGCGUUUCAACGAAAAAUAACAGCAACAAAUGAUUGUUUCAGUAAACGUAAUCUCAAUUAUAUGUGUGAGGUGAGUUCAAGUCAACCAGCUUGGACACUGGAGAAUGGCUUAUGUUGGUCGGACGAAGAUUAUGAUGAUCUUCGAUAUCCUCCAUGGAACAUGACGGAUGUUUCAAAUCUAACCAGCCAAGAAAAAUGUGAAUAUUUGUUUCGAUGUCUUUUGUCUGACAACUUCGAACGUGAUUGUCCAUGUCGUUAUCUCAAUUGUAAACAAAUGAUGAUGGAUAUAUGUCCAGAAGACGAUACAUAUAUUAUCUAUCCUACACGUGGUUUAAUCAACGCAAAUGUUCUUAUCUUUUACAAUUAUCGUCAAUAUGAGAGAAACAAAAAUUUUGAUUUUUUCAUCCUGAAUGAUAGUUUGAAGUGCCAAGGCUAUUUGGUUACAAUAACACGACACUUACGAAUUUCCUGGACACUAAAACAGAUUGAAAAUCCUCUUAUCAAUCUAAAACUGUGUACCUUGCCAAAUGCAACGUAUGUCAAUCAAAAUUUUACAUCAAGUUUCCAAAAUGACAAGUUUUGUUGGAAUGAGUCAUUGACAUUCAACGAUCGUCCAUAUGCUGUCGGUCCUCAUGUAUGUGAUGCAGGACAAUGCAUCUCUCAAUAUCGAAUUCAUGAUGGAUCAUUUGAUUGCUUUGUGGGAAACGAUGAGGCGAUGGUCCUGAAGAAAAGCUAUUGUACGGGGAAUGUAGGACGACAUCGUUUUCAAUGCUACAAUGAUCAAUACAAAUGUCUAAUAUCGGAUAAAUUGGGAGUAGUGAUCUCUCAAUGUUCGAACAGUUUUGAUUUAAACUGGUUUGGAAAUGGCCUUCCUCUUCAACAGGAGAUUCCAUGCCAACCUGGUAGAACUACUGAUUGUUAUCGAGUGAAACAUUACAUUCGACAAUCUUCUAGUCAAAAUUCAACCAGAAAUCAUUCACUCGUGCAUUUUCCAACACAAAAUCAAACCAAUCUAGUAGCCUUUCGAUCGUAUUGUAAUACUUGGUGGAAUUUCGACACUCAUAUGGACGAACUCCCAUCUUCGUGUCAAUAUUGGAUCUGUGCUUCUGAUCAAUAUCAAUGCCAAACAGGACAAUGUAUAGAAUUCAGCUGGUUAUGUGAUGGUGAAUGGGAUUGUGCAGAUGCAUCAGAUGAAGAAGCUACUCUGAUCAUUCGACAAUGGUCAUCACACAAUGCGCGUCUCUCAAACUUAUCUACUCAGCUUGACAAAUGUCGACAAAAAUAUUCUCAUUCACCAUUUUCUACGAUUUGCAAUGUUUCUUUGGAAUUCGGUUGCUUUCGAUCAGGAGUGUCAGAACCAUUGAAUUUUUCAUUAAAUCAUCCGUGUAUCAACCUGACUCACAUUGGAGAUGGGAAGGAAGAUUGUUACAAUGCUUAUGAUGAAAAAAAUACAUUUACAGCAGCCAAAUCAACCGUUGGAGGCAUGUGGGGUUUCCACUUCCGUUGUGAAAAUACCCACGGACUUUAUAAUAAAGCUUGCACUAUAAACAGAAGGAAUGAUUGCAUCGAUAUUCUUUGCUCGAAAUAUCGAGAUGCGAAUGGAUCAUGUUCUGAUGUUAACGAUUUCAUCUGUCUCAAAGACAAUCAGUGCAAGAAAAAAGCCAGAUGCAAUGGAGUAAACGAUUGUUCUUAUGGAGAAGAUGAAUAUUGGUGUGCGCCGGAUUACGUCGUGGAUUAUCCUAUUUAUCGUUUCCAUAAGAUUACGGUUUCGCGCGAACGGAACCUUAAUAUGUCAUUGAUCAGAUAUCCGAAAAUGUCCGAUGUAACGAAGAUUGAACAAGAGGCAAUAGAACUAGUUAUCCCUUUUCAUAAUAAUCAACUUUUCAAGCUACAUUCCUACAUGUGCAAUCGAGGUAUUAGUGUCAUGCACAUGAAUGACAUUCGAUGUCUAUGUCCACCAUCUUAUUAUGGUCGUUGGUGCGAAUUCUUCAGUGAUCGACUCAGUGUCAUUGCUCAUCUCGAUCGGAAAACUUUGCCAAAUUCAAUCUCUAACACGACACUAAAAAUUCAAGCUAAUUUUCUUUUUAACGAGGCCAUCAUUGAUCAGCAUGAAUUUCAUCUUCUUCCAACACUUGAAACAGCCAAGAUCAAACACAAAUUUUAUCUUCUCUAUUCACGUUCUCAUUCAAUGCUUCUACAUAAAUAUAAUCGUUAUUUCAAUCGAACUGAUAUCAUCGACAAUCAUCCUUAUGCUGUUUAUUUUCUUGUCUUUGCUCUUCAUCAGAAUGGCCGCCUCGAAGAAUUCGGUGCUUGGCAUUAUCCCAUCUACUUCGACUAUCUACCUACAUUUCGUCUAGCAAUUGUCUUGAAAUUUCCAUCUUGGUUUGAACAUUCAUCAUCUAAUUGCUGUCGACAAAAUAAUUGCAAUGAAUAUUCAACUUGUUUGCCGAUUUUCAAUCAAAACAACUCGUACUAUUGUUCAUGUCGAAGUGGUUAUUAUGGCAUCAAUUGUAGUAUGUACGAACCUCUCUGUGACACUUAUUGUGCACCCAAUGCAUUCUGUCGACGAACCAAAGAAACAAAACUUCAUUGUCUUUGUCCACUGGGACAUUACGGAACUCGUUGCAAUUUGAAAUUCGAUCAAUGUGAUCAGACAAUAUGCAAAAACAAUGGAACUUGUCAUUAUUCUUAUGAUUUAAGUGGUGAACAACCUACUGUUUGUAACUGCCCAAACAGAUUCUAUGGAAAUCGAUGUCAACAAGAAAAGACAUCUGUUCGUGUUCAGCUAAACAUGACAACGGCAUUUGCUGCUCGUGCGAGUGUUGUCCAACUUUACGAAAUUUUGCUUCCUUCCUUGAAGCUUCAAAUCGUACAACAGAAAGUUCACGAAGGUUUACCAUUGACCAUCACUUUCUAUCAUGCUGAGAAUCAUGCGCCUCCUCUCGGAGCUCUCAAAAUCUAUGAUAAUUUACAAGAUCCACAAUAUUUCCUCAUUUAUGUUUUGCUUGAAUCACUGAUCAAUAUUACUUCAUCUCCAGUACAUUGUCCAGAUGUCUCAUCACUUUCAUUCAAAGGUCAUUUUCACUUAACAACAUAA